AUGGCCGAUAGUAAUGUUCCUGAUCUUGAUGAUCAUGAUGAUGAGUUCCAUACCGCUGAUGCUGGUGCAUCAGAAACUUAUCCUCAACAAUGUUCAGCUUUACGUAAAAAUGGCUUUGUUAUGUUAAAAAAUCGUCCAUGUAAAAUUAUGGAAAUGUCAACAUCAAAAACAGGCAAACAUGGACAUGCUAAAGUUCAUAUGGUUGGUAUUGAUAUUUUUACAGGAAAGAAAUACGAAGAUAUUUGUCCAUCAACACACAAUAUGAGUGUUCCAAAUGUUAAACGUGUUGAAUAUACGUUAAUUGAUAUUGAAAGCGAUGGUUUCGUUUCAAUGAUGGAUGAUACUGCAGAUACUCGUAAUGACAUCAAACUUCCUGAAGGUGAAUUAGGUCAAGAAAUUCGUUCUAAAUUUGAUAAUGGUGAUCAACUUAAAAUUACAUUACUUAAAGCAUGCGGUGAAGAAGCCAUCAUAGCAUGCAAACCUGAAAAUGAAUCCAAACGAUAA